UUUCAGCUGCUCAAGGGUGCAACUUGUGCCCAACCACGGCGCCCCCGUAUUUGGCGUACCACUAACGUAGGUCCCCUGAGCUGUGCAUCUGCUAAGAUGCAUCCCCCCUCGGGAACUCCAAUUCCUCGCAAUCCUCGAAGCGCAGUGGCAGUUGCAGAGGCGUCUACAGCAUUAGGAAGAAACGGCAGGUUCCCACCACCCUCCCUCACCAGCCUCCCGGUGCCUGCGCCACACGCAGAUCUUCAAACAGCGGGGUUCUCGUCGCACCGUUGCUCCCCAAGCCGGCACGGCAGUCCCUGUUCUUUUUUUGAGCAUCUUUCGGAGUUUCGAGAUCUGGGGAAAUCUUACGAUCAUCGAUGGGUGUCGCUGCACCCACCGGAGAGAGAGAGAUACAUCGCAGCUCUUCUGCCGCGCAAGAUCUUGCCACUCUCUCGUGGGCAUGCUGGGUAUCCCAGCGCGCGACGUGGCAUCGUUUAGUAGUCACUGCCGCUUCCAAGGGAUUCGAUGAAUAGUCGGUGGCGACUAUCAGGUACGACCCAG